AACAUUGCCACCUUGCCUACAGAGCAUGCCCUGGUGCUCACCUUCUAAGCUCUGGGACCUAGGUAUCUCAGUCUCUACACUCUGUUCCCCAAAACCUAACUAAGAAAGCGGGAGAACCAGAUGGGGCAUUACGCAAGGUUUGCUGUUUACCUCUUGCAUGGGGCCUCCUCCCUCCCUAUAAAACCUGACGUGGUGAGGAGACGCGCUGAGUCUGAUCUGGGUAAGCGAGGCAGCCCGGGAGAGGGGUAGAGAGGAGGUGCGAAGUGAAUGAGGGAGGCGCAGCGAGGGGCUUCGAGUCAGCACGCAGCGGGGGUGGUUCACCACCUGCGCCCGCGGGGGCGGCUGCUACGGUCGCGGUCGCGGGCCAGGGUGCGUCCGGACCCCGGCUUUCCAUGGAGGCUCCCGAGCUGGGCCCGGGGUUGGUGGAGCGUAUGGAGCAGUUGGCGACGUGUCCGUUGUGCGGGGGCCCCUUCGAGGACCCAGUGCUGCUGGCGUGCGAGCACAGCUUCUGUCGUGCGUGCUUGGCGCGCUGCUGGGGGACCCCGGCGGCGCCGGGCUCGGAGGCGGCACCCCCUUCCUGCCCCUGCUGUGGCCAGCCGUGUCCCAGACGCAGCCUGAGGUCCAACGUGCGUCUGGCAGUGGAGGUGCGCAUCAGCCGUGGACUGCGUGAGAAACUGGCAGAACCGGGGGCCCGGACUGGGAGACGACGCGGGGGCCGCAUCCCCACCAUGGGCUGCCUGGACCCGCACGGAGAGGAUAUGAGGAAGACGUGGAGGCGAUUUGAGGUCCCAGCACCCAAGUCAUCCAUCUCAGACGAGGACCUUCCUGAAGAUUACCCUGUAGUGAAAAACAUGCUCCACAGACUGACAGCUGACCUGACGCUUGACCCUCGCACUGCACACCGUGGUCUGCUCAUCUCCUCUGACUACCGCGGCGUGAGUCUGGCUCCACCUGGAACGCCAGAGCCCCUGGACAGUCCAGCGCGCUUCGACCAACUCCCAGCCGUGCUGGGUGCGCAAGGCUUCGCUUCAGGCCGCCACUGCUGGGAGGUGGAGACCGUGGAGGGCGCGUCCUUCAGAGACUCUACCUCGGAGGAUGAGGACGCAGGGGAGAGCUGCUAUGCCGUGGGCGCGGCCGGGGAAUCCGUGACGCGCAAGGGCCUCAUCAAGCUGUGCCCAUCCGAGGCUGUAUGGGCCGUGGAGGGCCGCGGCGGCCGCCUAUGGGCGCUCACGGCCCCAGAACCCACUCUGCUAGGCGGCGCCAGGCCGCCGCCGCAGCGCAUUCGUGUGGACUUGGACUGGGAGCGGGGCCGUGUGGCCUUCUAUGACGGCCGCUCAUUGGACUUGCUCUUCGCCUUCCAGGCGCCGGGCCCACUCGGGGAGCGCAUCUUCCCGCUGCUGUGCACUUAUGAUCACCAGGCUCCGCUGCGCAUUGUGCCUGGAGAAGGCUGAGCGUCUGGUCCCCUACCUCUUACCCUAGCCUAUACCGGAUGCCUUGAGGCCACUUCUCUCAGGUGCAGAAAUCCCCACAUAUUUCACUGAUCAUGUCUGUACACCUGUCGCAGCAGGGGUACUAAUAAGCACCCUUUACCAACUUACAUUCUUUUUCCCAAAGCAAGACCUCAAACUGGCUUGUACAUCCGUGCCUUUAAGCCAGUCUGGUCCUGUGUCUCCAUGCCCUAACCCAACCUUUUGAGUUCCCUUUCUGUAUCAUUCCAGGCAGGGAGGGAUAGAGAAAGACUCUGCACCACCAGUCCUGGGAAACAGUCUGCGUUUACCUCUAAUCCCAAAGGGCUCAGGGCUUGAUCCGCAGCAGAAAGGCUGGAGCCUUCUGAGGUCCACUCUGAGGAUUCCCCUCAAGAAAAGUCCUCCUAAAAUAAGAUGCUUAAUUCAUAACCUAAGGCCCUCAGAUCCGAAGCCUAAAAUAUAAAUUUUGGGAUAUAUAUGCAAGCCAGUCUACUCUCUACAUUUAUGACUUUUUUAUGCUCAUAGCCUUUUUCCUUUAUUUAAACACCUUCUUGGAACUUCAUCUUGCACACAAAAGAACCAAUGGUGCUACCCCCCUACUCAACCUGGGAGCAACCCAGGCAUCAGAAACAUCCUUGUAUAGUCUCCCAUUCUCCCCAUGUGUAUAAAUGGGGCUGUAUUUAACACAUUGUGUAAUGUUAGGUUAUUUAUUUUGUGCAUCUGUGGCAAUAAAUGAGAUCUCAGUGGUG